AUGAGCUAUUCAAACUUGACACUGAAGAUGUUCCUGGGGCUGCAAGAAGCUUCUCUUGAAAGAAAUAGGCAGAAAAGAAGAAGAACAGAAGUAAGUUCAUCGCCACGGCCGCUCUGGACAGUGGACGAUGAACAAGGCGCAUUGGCAUUUCUCUCCCAGGUCUUGGAUCCACGGGCAACUCACGAGUGCUGGGCUUACAAUAUCAAAGAACGCUAUCGUUUUAGCGAUGAUGGAGAGCCUGGAGGAACGGCAGGACGGCCAAUCUAUGCUGCCAUAGAAAAUUCUGGUGUGGAUGGAGUUAUGGUCGUUGUCACGAGGUACUUUGGUGGAACGAAGCUUGGAACUGGAGGACUCGUUCGAGCUUAUGGAGGAAUCGCUGCUGACUGCCUCAAAGACGCACCGACGCACAUUGUCAAAGCAAAGAUCUCCCUGGUUCUCAAGUUUGGGUUUGAUCAUCUUGGAGCUGUGUACCCUCUUCUUCAGCUUCACGGAACCGAGAACAUUAAAGAAAGCUAUGACGAAGAUGAUGAAAGUAGCAGUGUAGAAAUCCAACUCUCGCUCGAUGCUGGUAGAGCUGACGAACUUGAAAGCUCUCUCACCAAUGCAUGCAGAGGAGGCAUCACAAUUCAACGAGCUACAACAACCAACUCCUAGAGGAAAAGCUUACCGCUGGAGCUUCAGACACAUUUACUCUCCUGGCUACUAGCCGCAGACGUAGCAUGGUCCAAGCUGGUAUGCAAGCACUGGGCUCGCAUGCUGGAUGAUCCGAGUUUCAGGCUCCUGUGGAGACAAAAUGGUCACUCUCAAACCAAAAUCGUGUUGUUACUGCACCACCGACUUGAUGAACCUACUCGGUACUUGCGAUAUCAUCUUCCAGCUGGCCUUGAAAUGAACCCGUCAUAAAAGAGCUGCCGGAUUCUUGGGAGUCUCGGUUUGCACCCGAAUGUUCUGUGCCAUACCUUUCUCACGCGGCCUCGUCUUAUGCGACCGGAGGAAGAUCUUCGUCAACAAGAAGCAUUUCCUGGUGGGGAAUCCACUGACGCAGCAAUGGGUCUAUCGACAGUUUUAUCGACAAGUGCACACAGGUGCUGGCGACGUAUGUCAGUGACGGCAAGCAAUUCUUCCGGAUCUCGCUUUCCCCGUACGUGUUUGACUCGAGGCUGGGUAUUAGGACACUUCCUCGCUACCAAACGGUUUGCCUGACGUCUCUCAACACGGUGUUCAUCAGUACUAUCUCAGUUACUUCUCGCACCACUCCGCACUUGUGCUGCUCCAGAUCGAAGAUGUGGCGGAGUUUAGCGGAUCCAAAUGGAGUUUAGUGGAGUGCUGUGGAUAGCUCUUCGACAUGCUGUGGGAUACAUGAUUCUAAAGCUGUGGUCGCGGUGCUGGACAGAGAAAAACAACCAUGGACGUGGAAAGAGGUGGCAACUUUAGAGGGCAACUUUCACAGCUGGGACUUUCGCAAGUGCUGUACGCAUGGAAGCCUUACGUUUGCGGUUCUGUCGAUGGGAGUGGCUUGAGGAGGCUUGGAACAUGUUGUGUCCGUGGAUAUUUUGGGACUCACGGGAGUAAAACGCUACCUCCAGAUACUUCACUUGCAGUUCGUACCAUCACAAAGCGAACUCACUCGGAGAGAAGGUUGUCAACCGUUGCGGUCAUGUCUCGCCGAGGAAAAGAAUGGAAUGAUGAGAGCUCGUUUUGGAGGUGGGCACAGGAUGUGAACCGCUCUGCACCCUUCUCAACUCUACACAGCCUUUUGAUGA